AUGACGAUUGACAAACGAACAUUAACCAUGACAAUACCAUAUUCAUUGCAUAAAAACAGUCAGAAAGCCUUUCCUGUUCAACUAAUCACACGUCACCAAUCGCAAAAGCCAUUGAUCCGUCUGGAUCUAAAUCUUAUUCAAUGUGCAAAUCAAACAUCAUUGAACUGGACAUCAGUCGAAUCGUCAUCAACUCUACGCGGUGAAUUCGUUCGAACAGUAUUAACCGAGAAAAACAUUAUGUAUUUGUCAUCAGGUGUGACUUAUCUUAGAAAUCUGACAAGUACAAAUUGCUCGACAAAGACAGUUUAUCGCACUGAUAAUAAAGAACUAUUCCAAGUGAAAUUCAAAAUCGAAUCCACAUUAAACGACUACUGUUCGAAAGAGAAUCUCUGUUAUCCAAUAGAUAUCUACCAAUGUGAUCAUGAACAAUAUCGAUGUGUAUGUCGUUCACCACUGCAAUCUUAUUUAACUUCUGAUCAACAUUCAAUAUGUGUUCAUGCCGUGAAAAAUCUCAGUCAAUGUACAAUCAAACAUGUUCGAUGCUUAGAAUGGUGUCAUUUGAAUAGUUCAGCAACAGUAUGUACAUGUCCGAAAGAUUUAGCACAGAAGAAGUUUUCAAAUGACAAUCGAGCUUACUGUGAAGGUCGAAGGAAUGGAAAAUGUGAUUCUUUUAUUCAAUGUCCAUUAGGAGAUAGUUGUAUACAUGGUACUUGUCAAAAUACAAAUGGUAAAUUACAUCAACUUCUGUCGUUUGAUAUGAUUACAAUUUCAAUAAUUGUUUCAUCUUUAAUACUCUUUGUAAUUAUUCUUAUUCUUGCUGGAAGUGUAUAUAUGUUACGUCGGCGGCGAUGGAAGAAGCAUUACCAUUCAUCAAUUGAUCCUGUCUACAAACGACGGCAGCAAACCAAUCUUCCGACAUCGAGUGAUUACGAUAACAUUAUUUAUGGUGUUUUUCGGAAUAAUGUUCAACUUUCAUCGAGAAUUUUAUCAUCUAAUGAUGAUCAAGUCACUGAUACAUCGCCAUUUACAACAACAGAAUCACCAUCCUAUCACCCGAAAAUCGUCUAUCUUGGCGGCGAACAACAACUCACCGCGAUUUAUGCUUGA